UCGUGUUCCGUGUAAUUGCGCGUGUUGAAAAAGUAGUCAUUAGCUUUUAUUAAAUAGGAAAAAUGGUGGCUCAAAAGAAACAGAAAAAGUCCCAGGAGGGGAUUAACAGCAGGUUAGCUUUAGUUAUGAAGUCAGGAAAAUAUGUCUUAGGUUACAAGCAAACAUUGAAGUCCCUUCGACAAGGAAAAGCAAAAUUAGUCAUCAUUGCCAACAAUACUCCUCCUUUAAGGAAAUCGGAGAUAGAGUACUAUGCUAUGUUGGCAAAAACUGGUGUGCAUCAUUAUAUUGGUAAUAAUAUUGAAUUAGGUACUGCAUGUGGAAAAUAUUUCCGUGUAUGUACCCUUUCUAUUACAGAUCCUGGAAAUUCAGAUAUUAUAAAAUCUAUAUGUCACUAG